AUGGUGAAAGGGAAGAAGAAAGAGAAGAAGGCAAUUAAAAGGUUUUCGGACUUGCCAGCAUGGUACCGCCGUAUUAUGAGUCGACCCGGAGUAUGUGAGGGCACGGUCGAUGUAAAUCCGAUGUGGUUCGAUGAAGAUAUCUCUGAUCUCGAGGAAAAACCUUUCAAGUGCCGUUGCGAUGCGGCAGAAUAUUCAGACGUUGUGUGCUGGUGUGAUUCAGAUGACAGAUACGACAGCGUUUCUGAACGGUCGUAUCAGGAUGACGAUGCCGAUUGCUUCUAUGAGAUGAAGGAGCAACGCGAGGAAAGAAAGAGUGAUUUGAAAAGGGACAGAGAGCUUUUCGAAAAAGAGAAGAAGGCCGAAUUACGGUUUCACAAGCGCAAGGUGGAGGAAGUUCGGGCGGUGUAUGAGGCCCUUAAGGAGAAGGAGAAGGCUGGUGAUCACUCUCCCAUCACCUUCCUUGAGGACUCGGAGUAUGUGACUAAGCUGAAGAAAGCUGGCAAAAAGGUGCCUCCAUAUCUGAUGCCCAAGCACAAGACGUUCAACCUCUACUGCGCGGAUUACGUGGAGAACUGCUAUCAUGACGACACGGGCACUUAUUGGAGAUAUGUUGAAUUCAACGAAGACGAAUUCGAUGAUAAAAAAGGUGCUAAAAGGUCAAGAGGCUCUGUAUUAGAGAAUGAGGUGACAGGACACGUCUACGUCAACUGCAACAAUCAACUCGAUUUUUCGACCUUCGUCGUCCCCGACCACGCGAGUACAAAGACUUAUUGGUCUGAUGCAUACAGAGGCAAAUAUAAAGCCGCUAUCCAAUUCAUCGGGCAGGACUACGCGAGGAUGACGGUUAGCCGGGAUAUCAUCGAGGCAACCGAAAGCGACCCCUUACCAGCCUCUUGUCCUAAGGUUUUCGAAUUCAUGGGUAUCAACCGCUACAGUCCCAAGCUGGUAGCCGAGGAAGAAGAAGAUAUGAAGAAGAGAAUAGCAGCACGCUCCCAAUAG